GGACAGUGAACAAGAAACACAUUAAAAUGGGGUGAAAAAUGGCGACUCAUUAUUAAAGCUUUUUACUUGGUAGUUGUAAGUCUGCAGUGGUAGGAGAUCUCGCUGUAAGACGUAGCGCGAUGGACAACGAAAGGAUAACAGGGGAAGCUUGUUUUCUGGUUGGGUGAAGUCUAACCUUUCCCCUUCUCUUAGUGUGAUGUGGACGCGCGCGCUAGGAAUUAAAUUGCUCGUUCCAUUGACGACUCAACACGCCGAAAAUGAAUUUUAAUGAACACAAGUCCAGGAACGCUGGAAAAUUUCAAAUUAACGCUGUAAAGACCAGGUAUAAUCUAAGCUAAUCUACACAUCUCCACCGCUCGUUCAGCCCGCUUCAGAUCCCAGCUUUAUUCAAUGUACUGUCUCGUACUUUGGGGUAUCCGCUGACAAGAAGGUUCGAUCAUCGAAAUGGCGCUGCACACGUUGCGUCGAACCAACUUCCAUGCAAGUAAACUUCUUCUAACGGCGGCUGCAGCUCUAAGUGUCGCCCCAAAGGUGCUAAUAGCUGAGUUUUGCUCCAAUGGGCAAUGUAACGAUGAAGUUGAGAAAGCUAAACUUGCUGCAGAAGCGGCGGAGAAAUAUCAGUUUCAGCCACAAGACACCAUAUUUGGCAAAAUCCUACGAAAGGAAAUUCCCGCUGACAUAAUAUACGAAGACGAAAAGGCCAUUGCUUUUCGGGAUGUCAAUCCUGUAGCUCCCAAACACAUUUUGGUGAUUCCUCGAAAACCCAUAACGCAGCUGGCGGCAAGCACGAAGGAAGAUAUACCUCUUCUUGGUCAUUUGUUGUGGGUGGCAAAGAAUGUUGCAGAGAAGGAAAACCUCAAUGACAGUGGAUAUAGGCUUGUUAUCAACAACGGACGUGAUGCUGCUCAGUCAGUGUAUCAUCUUCAUAUUCAUGUUCUUGGUGGACGGCAAAUGUCUUGGCCACCUGGAUGAGUCACAAUAUAUCGUGUAACAGCAAGCUAACCUCAGCUACACUAAAUGCAGUGAAGGGAUGAUUAAAAAAUCUACAUUUUCUGUUGUAGUUAGACUACCUUUCUAAUGAACAUGAACUUGAUCUGGGUAACAGAAAGGGUAUUAGCUACAAUUGUAGGGAUCAGAACCACUGUCUGUAAUGAGGUGUCCUUUGGUGUCCUUAUUAAGUAGGUGUCCAUAAGAAAAGGGUCUGAUUACUGUACACAUGACACUGUCACUAUGGUAACUGACCUUAGCAAGCAGCCGAGUUGAUUAUUGUUAGAAGUGCUAAAGAUUGGCUGUUAAGUAUUGUAUUUGUCAAUAAAGAACUUUGCUUGGAGACCACCA